AACAGUUGUCAGGACUCCUCAAGGCAGCCUGGCAAUCGCUAACUCGCCCAUCCUGCUCGUCGUGGCUGCCGUCGACAACAUCGCCGUCGCACCGCCGCCCGCUCUCGCGUUACCACAGGUUGGUCUGAGACCGCGCUCUGGUUCAUUCCGCAGAUAGAAUCUCUCCGGGGGUAUUCUUCUUGAUUUUCUACGGCUGUUCGUACUUCUUUCCGACCCGUGCAUCCAGAAAGCACGACUCGCUCGCAGCGAUAGACCUUUGGGAGGAUCAUGCAGACAAUCAAGUGCGUGGUGGUGGGAGAUGGUGCGGUCGGCAAGACCUGUUUGUUGAUCUCAUACACCACGAAUAAGUUCCCAAGUGAAUAUGUGCCAACCGUUUUCGACAACUAUGCGGUGACAGUUAUGAUCGGAGAUGACCCCUACACGCUGGGAUUGUUCGAUACGGCUGGUCAGGAGGAUUACGACCGCCUGCGACCACUAUCAUACCCACAGACGGACGUGUUCCUCGUCUGCUUCAGUGUCACAUCGCCAGCGUCGUUCGAGAACGUGAAGGAGAAGUGGUUCCCUGAAGUCCACCACCACUGUCCGGGCGUGCCGUGCCUUAUCGUUGGCACGCAGAUCGAUCUGCGGGAUGACCCUCAGGUCCUCGAGAAGCUUGCCAGGCAGAAGCAGAGACCGAUCACAGCUGAGCAGGGUGAGCGACUUGCCCGGGAACUUGGUGCGGUUAAGUAUGUGGAGUGCUCGGCUCUCACGCAGAAGGGUUUGAAGAACGUCUUCGAUGAGGCGAUUGUCGCUGCGCUUGAGCCACCUGUCGUCAAGAAGAGGCAUAAAUGUGUCAUCGUCUAAGACGACCAACCCGGCCGACUACGUCGGAUCCUCAUCUUUUACGAUCCUUCGCCUCUCGCGCGUUACGAUCUGAUAUACUUCUCCUAUUCGCUCCUUCAUUGCUGCUCAACUCAAAUACGCACAUCCUGCCCCCUGCCUGUUCCUUGAUCCUUCGCCUUUGACUUCACCUCGUUAGGAUUUGUUGAGCGGCGAUAGCGCUACUCCGAAGUCCGGUUUCCUGUUGAUUUUAUACUUGUGUACUACAUAUAGUUCUCAAUUGGGUUCAGGGGGUAUCUAAUACCCGUGAGUUGGAAAUGAGUCGCGCGGUGCCUCC